AUAAUUUUGGCGAUGGCUGAACGCAAAAUGCGAAUUGUUGAAAAGCCGAUUCCAACAUAUUACGGCGAUGAAAUUUGCCAUGUGAACGGUAUUCCAUACGCUUUAAAUUGUUUGAAGACGUCUUUUGAAUUUUAUAUGCAUCAGAAACGGAAUCAGUUGAUGUUUCCGGGAGAUUAUCAAUCAAGCCGCGUUCUUAGUACUCAACAAAGCCACUUUUUAGCAAACGAUCAUGUAUUUGGAAUAUCCUCUGUAGAAAAAAGUGGAAAACUGCUUACAGUUCGCAAAACGGUUCCAUCAGGCGGAGCGCGUCAUCCAACAGAAGCUAUCUUGUGGGCAAUUGAUUUAGACUCAUCUGUGAAUGGUUGGUUGUGUAGAUUUGAUCCCUGGACGAUUGAUCCUUUGCAUCAGAAACGCUUUGAACUAGUGGAAUAUGUUCAGUUGUUAAAGAUUUAUGGGGCACUUUCUGAGGUAUAUUUUCCGAAAUGUGAGGAUGAAAUAUUAGCCGUGAUUCACGAGAUAUUAAAAAGUGGAUCCGGUGAU